UUUCAAUCCUUUUUUUCAAAGCAGAUUUUAUUUCUUUCUUUUCAAAGUACAAGAAGAGCGGAUUUCUAACGAAGGUCGUCUUUCAAACAAUUUGCUUAUCUGGAACUCCCAAUCCUGCAUCCGGUAUGUCUCGACCUGCAGAUUUGUUCGAUACCUCUGGGAAGAGGAGACAUCCUGUCUUUUGGUUUCCUGAUGGAUUGACGAUCUUGGGCCUUGAGGAUCAUCUGUUCCGCGUACAUACAACAGUGCUUUGUCGGCAUUCCCCUUAUUUCUUGGGUAUCUUUGAGGACGCGUCGGCUGUUGGUAAACAGGAAGACUCGAGUGCUGGUUUGGGUGGAUGUACCUUCCUAGACUUGGACUCUCGACAAGUGUCGGUUGUCGAUCUAGUUUCGUUGCUGGAGCAUCUGUACCACGACGUACCGUUGGCAUCAUCUACCGAUUUUUCUCGUAUUGCCUCUCUCUUACGCAUCACGAGCAAAGAGCAGCUUGACUUCCCUAUGAUUCAUGAAUUGGCUCGACAUACACUCAGGACACUCUUUCCGGAGGGUCCAAUUCCAUACUUUCACUCUGAUCAUUCGGGGGAGGCUUUGGACCUAGCGACAAAGUAUCAGUUGGAACCUCUCUUCAAGCGAUUGUUCUACACUGUGGUAACCACAGCACAAUUUCACGAGGUGAACGAGCCCGAUGCCCAUUCAAACGGCACACCCAUUAAUAUCAUAAUAUCCACGGAAAACAGCCGGCGCUGUGAAGAACUCAUGGCCGACCUAAUCAACCAUUUUACGCCUAUUCUCUUCACUCCUCCUGCUACAUCACAUAUGGCUUGCACAGAUGUUUUUGCAGAUAAGUGGAUGCCGUUGGUCAUUCAGCCAGCGUUGGAAGAUGAUGGGGUUUAUAAACCUUUAGAAUCACUUGAGCGAAUAAAGCUCAUAGACUGGGGGAAAGAAGGCCUUUGUACUUCUUGCGUCAAGGACAAGAAAGUUGAGUGGACAGAGGAGCAAGAAACGGUAUGGAAUUUGAUAGAUGGAUGGCUUGGUCUGAACAGGACGUAAAAAAGUCUGUAAAGCUACGCAUGCAACUGUGAAAACGAUUGAUUAUUUAAACGUACUCUUUUCUCC